AUCAUCUCCAACUCAAUCAACUCGGAAACAACCUCCACCGUCACCUGGCGAUCAUACCACAUGACAGAUCAGCCUCCGGUGCACUGGCACCACACAGUAACUCAUACUCCCAUGGCUUACGCUUCUGGAGUCUUUAGACAGAGAAAAUAAUCAGAGGAAUGUUUUGAUGAUUUGGGGUGAAGAAGAGUGAAGAAAGAGAGAGAUAGAGAGAGAGAGAGAGAUUGAUACUUGAGCAGCUAUGGAGGUGGCUUUGCAAGCACAGAGGCCAGUGAGCUGCAGAGCACUUUCUGAUAGGGAAGCCAAUUUCAAGAUUAAACCUUUUCUGGGUUUCUUUCCAAAUGGAAGGGCAACUCAAUCCUCACAACAUUCAUGGCGCAGAGAGUUCCCAUUAAGUGGGGUUUCAAAUGGGAUCGUUGCAAGCGCUGAUUUUUCAAGGAGAAGACAAAGAAAAGUGUCGAUGUCAGGGCCUAGGGGUCCUGGUCGGAAGGGAUUUAUGCCAAAGACACCUGUGGAAACAAGCACACAGAAGAGGGAUCAAAGAAAUACUGGAAAGAAUGAAGAUCCAAGCACUCCCACAUCUAGCGAAUAUGUUGGGACUGGGAAGAAGACACUUGGAACUGAUGAAGAGCAGACUGUUGAAAUUACUCGAGGAACGGAAGUUGAUGAAGAGAGGAAUGAUAAAGGUUCAAGUGCUCCAACGUCUAGUGAAUAUGAGUCUGGAAAGAAAACGCUUGAAAUGAAAGUUGUUGCUGGUGAAAAACAGACUGUUGAAAUUACUCAAGGAAAGAAAGUUGAAGGAGGGGAUGACAAUGGAAAAGCUGCCGGAGCAGAUGAGAAUGUGAUAGAGUCGCAGAAAAUAAAACCUACUGCAAAGAGUGAUACUGGGCAUGCAAAGGAUGGAAUAAGUUUGGAAGAAAAGAAUUCGGGUAUCAUUAAGAGUAGUGCCAAUGAAGGAAAUGAAAGCAUUACGAUUGAUGGAGUUAGAGCUGAAGAUGUUUCUCUAGAUUUAAAGUUGGAGAUGGAGGCAAAUUUGCAUAAACAGGUUCUUGAGGAGCUUGCAGAAGAGAACUUCUCUAGAGGGAACAAAAUGUUUUACUACCCUCAAGUGGUGAAACCUGAUCAAGAUAUAGAAGUGUUUCUAAAUAGGAGCCUCUCCACUUUAAGUAAUGAGCCAGAUGUUAUGAUCAUGGGAGCCUUUAAUGAUUGGCGAUGGAAAUCUUUCACCAUCCAGUUGAACAAGACUCAUCUCCAAGGGGAUUGGUGGUCUUGUCAGGUUCAUAUUCCUAAAGAAGCAUAUAAAAUGGAUUUUGUGUUCUUUAAUGGAACGAAUGUCUAUGACAAUAAUAACCAAAAUGAUUUCUGCAUACCUGUUAAUGGUGGAAUGGAUGCACUUGCAUUUGAAGAUAUCUUGCUUGAAGAGAAACGUCGGGAGCUAGAGAAACUUGCUAAGGAGCAGGCUGAAAGGGAAAGACAAGCUGAAGAGCAGAGGCGAAUAGAGGCAGAGAGGGCUGCUAGGGAAGCUGAUAGAGCACAAGCAAGGGCAGAGACUGAAAGGAGACGGGAAAUGUUGCAACAUUCGAUGAAAAAGGCUGCAGUUUCUGUUGACAAUGUUUGGUGCAUUGAGCCUCAUGAAUUUAAAGGUGAUGACUUGGUCAGAUUAUACUAUAACAGAAGCUCAGGUCCUCUUGCUCAUGCUAAUGAUAUUUGGAUUCAUGGGGGGCAUAAUAACUGGAAAGAUGGGUUGUCUAUUGUUGGAAGCCUCAUCAAGGAUGAGAAAAAGGAGGGUGACUGGUGGUAUGUUGAAGUUGUUGUACUUGAACGAGCCCUUGUCUUGGAUUGGGUUUUUGCUGAUGGACCACCACAGAGAGCCAGUCUGUAUGAUAACAAUCACCGUGAGGAUUUCCAUGCUAUCGUACCACAAUCUAUUUCUGAAGAACUUUAUUGGGUUGAGGAAGAAUACCAGCUAUACAAGAAACUUCAGGAGGAGAGGUGGUUAAGAGAGGAGGCUAUACGUGCAAAGGCUGAAAGAACAGCACGAAUGAAAGCUGAAGCAAAGGAAAGAACUUUGAAAAUGUUUUUGUUGUCUCAAAAGCAUAUAGUUUAUACUGAGCCUCUUGAUGUUCAAGCAGGAAGCACGGUAUCAGUUUUGUACAAUCCUGCCAACACAGUUCUGAAUGGAAAAUCUGAAGUUUGGUUUAGAUGCUCAUUUAACCGUUGGACCCACCACAAUGGCCCCUUACCACCUCAGAAAAUGUUGCCUGUAGAUAAUGGUUCUCAUCUCAAAGCUACUGUCAAGGUUCCAUUGGAUGCAUACAUGAUGGACUUUGUAUUCUCUGAGAGGGAGGAUGGUGGAAUUUUUGACAACCGAAAUGGCAUGGAUUACCACAUACCUGUUUUUGGAUCAGUUGUAAAAGAGCCACCCAUGCACAUUGUGCAUAUUGCUGUUGAAAUGGCCCCCAUUGCAAAGGUGGGAGGCCUUGGUGAUGUUGUCACUAGUCUAUCCCGUGCUGUGCAAGAGUUAAACCACCACGUGGACAUCAUUCUCCCAAAGUAUGACUGUUUGAAUCUUAGCAAUGUGAAGGACUUUCAGUAUAAGAGAUGCUAUUUCUGGGGUGGAACUGAAAUAAAAGUUUGGUUUGGAAAAGUCGAAGGCCUUUCUGUUUACUUUUUAGAGCCUCAAAAUGGAUUUUUUUCGGCAGGUUGCAUAUAUGGGUGUAGGAAUGACGGGGAAAGAUUUGGUUUCUUUUGUCAUGCUGCCCUUGAAUUUCUGCUCCAAAGUGGAUUUCAUCCCGAUAUUAUUCAUUGCCAUGAUUGGUCUAGCGCUCCAGUUUCGUGGUUGUUUAAGGACCAUUAUAAGCAUUAUGGACUUAGUAAAGCUCGGGUUGUCUUUACAAUACAUAACCUUGAAUUUGGGGCACCCCUUAUUGCGAAAGCAAUGGUUUACACAGACAAGGCUACAACUGUAUCCCACACGUAUUCAAGAGAGGUUUCUAGGAAUCCUGCAAUUGCUCCUCAUCUGUACAAGUUCCAUGGUAUAUUAAAUGGAAUUGACCUAGAUAUAUGGGACCCAUACAACGAUAAGUUUAUUCCUGUACCUUACACUUCAGACAAUGUUGAUGAAGGCAAAAGGGCUGCCAAGGAAGCCUUACAACAAAGGCUUGGUUUGAAAAAAUCUGAUUUCCCUUUGGUAGGAAUUAUUUCUCGCUUAACUCAUCAGAAAGGAAUCCACCUCAUCAAGCAUGCCAUUUGGCGCACCUUAGAACGCAAUGGACAGGUUGUAUUGUUAGGUUCAGCUCCAGAUCCUCGUAUUCAAAAUGAUUUUGUUAAUUUGGCGAAUCAGUUGCAUUCUUCCCAUGCUGAUCGUGCUCGACUUUGCUUGACCUAUGAUGAGCCUCUUUCACACUUGAUUUAUGCUGGUGCCGAUUUCAUUCUAGUUCCUUCAAUCUUUGAGCCAUGUGGACUUACCCAACUCACAGCAAUGAGAUAUGGUUCAAUACCUGUGGUUCGUAAAACUGGAGGACUUUAUGAUACUGUAUUUGAUGUUGACCAUGAUAAAGAGAGAGCACAAGCACAAGGCCUUGAACCAAAUGGAUUCAAUUUUAAUGGAGCUGAUCCUGUAGGUGUUGAUUAUGCUCUCAAUAGAGCAAUCUCUGCUUGGUAUGAUCGCCGGGAUUGGUUUAAGUCAUUAUGCAAGCAGGUGAUGGAGCAAGACUGGUCUUGGAACCGGCCUGCUCUUGACUACAUGGAGCUCUACCAUGCAGCUCGCAAGUGAAAUCAAGAAACUGAUUAGGCCUGGAGAGUAAGGUGUGACCCAAUUGCGCCCCACCUCCUGUACAGGUUUAGUGACACGCCCUGAUUGAAUUUUGCUCAUCCAAAUCCCAAUUAGCUGCAUAUAUUGAUAGCUCAGUUUAAUUUUCCCGUCUUAAUAAUGUAAGAUUACAUCAUUUGUAGAGCUCUCAUCCUUUCUGUGUAGCAUAAAUUGAUCACACAAAUAUCAAUUGCACUGGACAAGAAUUUGUCAACUGUGAAACAGGAACAAUAAAAGAUGGGAAAAGGAAAACACAGAGAUCUAAUUCUUUUUUUUUCCUUUGCCCUCCCUCCUGUAAAUAAGAAGUUUAGAAGAAAAGUUGCAUUCUUUUUAUAAUUUAGAUCAUAUGGUUAUUCCAAGCCCCAUAGCAGGAGUUCAACUGAAGUUCCAAUAUUCACUGAAGAUUCAAACUAAGCUGGAAGUGGUGAUAACAUUUCUGAUUGUUUCCUGUGACAAAUCUGUGGCUCAGGUGGAAGAGUUUGUUGUAAAAUCUCUUUAAAGUUCUUUAGGGUUUUUACUUAUUUCUUUUUUUCAAUUAAGCCCUGAAAUCUGAAGCUUUUUGUAGUAUGGAUGCCUAAACUGAACCCUGAAAGGCACAUCUUGUAACUAUAUUCAUAUGCAGAAACUAUCAGUAGUCCAUGUUAUAUUAGGCAAAGAAGAAACACAUAAUUUUGCAGGCUGUUUAUGGAAUAUCAUAAUCUUUUGGAGUCA